UCUCUCAGUCGGCUUCCUUUGGAUUCUACCAGCGCGGCUCUCAAGACGAUGGCCUCUUACAAGAACUUACUCAUGCUGGCCGUCCUCGGCCUCCUGUCGGCUGCAGUUCUGGCUGAAGCCGACGCCAAGCCCGAGGCUGACCCUAAGCCCGAAGCCGAGGCUGAAGCUGAAGCCGAGGCCGACGCUGAGGCUAAGCCCUCUUACCCAACACCCUGCUAUCCUGAGACACACUACGUCACCGCCUACAAGACCCAAGUCCAGGAGUACCCUGUUUAUCAGACGGUCUACAAGCAACAGUACAUCCCCACCACAUUCUACAAAACCCACUACAACACCAUCUACCAGACGAGGUACCACACCGAGUACGUGCCCAAAUACCUCACCGAGACCUUGUACAAGACCCAAGUUAACUACGUCACCAAGUACAAAACCGAAUACAACACGGAAUACGUGCCCAAAUACAUCACCCAGGUCCAGUACGUGCCCAAGUACGUCACCGAAACCAAGUACCAGACCCAGUACAAAACUCAGGUGCAAUACAACACCAUCUACAAGACCCAGUACGUGCCCCAGUACGUCACCAAGACCGCCAUCCAGUACCACACCCAGUACAAGAAGGAGUACGUGCCCCAGUACCACACCGUCUACAAGAAGCAGGAAGUUUACAAGACGGUCUGCCCCAAGCCCGUGUACCCAGCAUACGAUGUAGGCCUAGGCAUCGGAGCCGCCGACGGUUACGGAGCGGGAUAUGGAUAUUAGAAGCAGUCCUUUACAACGGCUCUUUUGAACUCCUCCACUUCCCGGUACUUUAAGUAGAUUGCUUCCGGUAGCACGGAAUUUGCUUAUCGUUCCUUUCGCCCCCAAGACGAACGCUUCUUAGAGAAUGAUGAAUCUUUUUAUGUAUAGGAAUAACGAACUUAUUUGUACCAUAGCAUUACGAACUACAGCGAAUCUCUACUUCUUCUUCUUCCCUUAAGGCUUAAUCGAAUCGACCCCAUGCCACUUCUCUUCCUGUUCCCCAAUUCCAAAACAGUCCUCUAUGUCUUCUUCUUCAUCUUCUUCACAGGUUUUAUGGCAAGACAAGUACGAACAUCUAAUGAUUAUCUUUGCAAUUCUUCCUUUCCUUCCUCUUCUUCAAUCGAACCGACAAGAAUUCAGAUCCUCUUCUCUUCACUGCCUCUUUUCGAAACCAAUAACGAAUACGAACUCAUAUUUCUUCUUCGGGUAUUCACCUUCACCGAACUCCAUCUCUUCUUUGUAACUAAAGUAUGUAAAUUGCAUAUAUAAUAUAAAUAUUUUUGUAAAUGUUUAUCCAGCCUUCCUUCUUCUGUUUCACAAACGUCUUUUCGGUCAUUUCUUUCGUGUAUACUUUUGUAUCAUAGCCCUCCAAGUGUAAUAAAUAUUGAGAAUACGA